AACACGCCUAUUGAUCGACCACGGCGAUAUCGGCGCCCCCACUGGCGACCACAUCGCCGUCGUCGUCGUCGUCGUCGUCUACCUGUGGAGUGCAGUGGACACAGGCCAUUUAUGCGGGUCAUAUCAUACAAAAAGGCUUACGAAAAACUUCACUAUUAUGGCGACGAACGUUAUUACAGUACUGUGUAUAACAUUGGUGCCCGUCUGCGUCAUCGCGUAUGGCAAGUUCUCCGCAAGUACAAAAGACUCUGAGUACAUGCGAACUAAACUGCUGGAAAACGUCAUUGACCAAUUAGAAAAAGACAUCGCCAAAUCGGAAAUAGACAACAAAUACGUUCAGUUCGGCCGGAUGAAGACAACGGAGGAACAAGGCCCUUUGCACACCGCAGACUACGAAGAAGACGAAGUCGACGACACCAACAUUGUGCCUUCGAUCCGGGACAACGAAUACUUACAACACAGUUCUUUGUGGGGAGCUCACUACGUUAGCGGCGGCGCGGGCGAAGGAGUUCAGACCUUGAACCCCGACAACCCGAUUAAGAACAGGAACGAAGUCAAGACAGAUUCCACGUUGCCUGCAUACUGUAACCCGCCCAAUCCAUGUCCAGUAGGUUAUACAGAGGAAGACGGUUGCAUAACCGACUUUGAAAAUACAGCGGCCUUUAGCCGUGACUAUCAGGAAUCACAGGAAUGCAUGUGCGAUUCGGAACACAUGUUCGAUUGCGGGAAGUCAAACGCAGCCAACAAAAACAAUUUGGACGUAGACGAAUUGGUUAGGAAGUUUCAAGUGGAAGACGAACAUAAAAAUUUGGUAGCGAAAAAAUUCCACGUGAAAAAGGCUUUCAAUCCGUACUUGCAAGGAGAAUUUCUUCCAGUAGCGGCCAAAAAGGGAAUCAACAUUGGAUUUUAAUCGAUCGUCUCGGCACCUGACAAAUUAAUAAUAAUAAAAAUCAUUCUCCAAUAGAUAAUUUCAAAAUUAAUAUUAAAACAGUUAUAAUCCAUCUCGGACAUAAAUAUCGUUUAAAUAGUUUUGAUCCACAACAAUUAAAAUUUUUCUCAUUAAAUCGAUACGAUUUAUUAAA